AUGAAAACUGUUGGAGAUAUUUUUAUUUUAAAAAUAGAUGAAAAUGAAGUUUUGUCUGAAAAUAAUAUAUCUAGAGAAUUUCAUAAGAUCCAUCUUCGUAUUCUUCCAUCAACAUUUGACAACUAUGGUAGUGAUCAUAGUCAAUUCACAUUUAUUUGUUUAUUAAAUUUAAAUUGUUGUUUUUGUUUUGUAUCUACACGUGAUAAAUAUCAAUUUAAUCAAUGUAUUAUUUUAUCAUCAUCAUUAAAUCAAUAUUAUUUAUUUACAAUUAAUUUAAUUUCUUUACCAAUAAAUCAAAAUGGAUCAAUUUUAAUAUUAAUUAUUCAACAUUCGUUUUAUUGA